CUGCCAGGACCAGCAGAACGCUUUGCGCCUUUUUUCGUUGUCUCCAACUUCUGUGCACCAAACUUCGACCUAAAAUGAAACUAGAUAUCUGUUUUAAUGGCUGCAACCACGGCAUGAAAAGGUCAAAUCAUACACCUGCCCACGAGGGCUAUUUUAAUCAAGGGAAUAGAUGCCGCGCAACGACCUUCAAACGGGAUUACCGAUGUAUCGUGAGUGCGGCAUUUCACGAUAUGCCCCAGACCUGAGAGACGUGCCGCAUAAACGACACAUUCUCCCGACGAAGCUCUUAAUCGGUGCUCGAAGUUUUGCUCCUCAAAGAAUAAAAAUUAUCUACCAACAGUGCACAUAUUACAAAAGUAAUAUGUUUGAAACGGCGCAAAUGCACAUUGCGGUAGCGUUUAGAAUCCCUGUAUAAAGAGCGUGUCGAGAGCUCUUUUUCCCCGAAGUCCACAUUUGUGCUGAAAUGAGCUGCCUCUACGAACCGCGUGUUUCUGGCGGGGAUGGUGGCAGCGGCGUCGAAGGAAAUUGCCGUGCUCGGAGCAGGAAUCGAAACAGUGACAGCACAAUGGACGAAUUCGACAAGGCCAGCACAGUGGCCCAGGCGGAUGAAACGGAUUGCAUAUCUCCAGGCACGCUGGCCGAUCUAGACCCGGAUCCGGACACCGUGGCUGACCGGACCGAAAAGAAUGACGAGUUUACUCAUCUUUGCGCCUUCCGACACAAGGUAUACGAUGCCAUAGCAGCCCUGAAUGAUGAAAGCUUCGACAAGCACAUGGCCCGACUGCUAAUGCACUACGAGAGUGCCAUUCGAGAGGAGUUUGAGGUGGCCCAGUUGUCACCGCCGCGAUGCCGCAAACUUGCCCGUGUCCUUAUCAGCCUUACUGACGUUAUCCACACAAUGGCCCAAGGUCGGACGCAACGUCAGGAGGAGGCCUACCGCCAGCGCAUGUGCCAUAUAAUGGGUUUCUACAUAUCCUGCGAACUGUGCGCCGCCCAAGAACCCGUUGAAACUGAACAAUGUGUCAUCAACAGGAUCAGCACCUGCCUGAAGCUCUACGUGGAGUACGGAGAGGGUGGCGCUGGGGCCCACCGAGAGUAUGUGCUGCGCACACUUCUCGCCGCCCCGAAGCUCUUCAACAGGGCCAGCAUUUUAUCUGUACUUUACAGCCGUCUAUUCCGUCACUGGAAAAUGCCUAGCAUUAUGCUACAAUCGGAGCUGCCGGAUAAAUUGUACAUCGAAUACAUACUCAUAUUCUACUACUGGCAGCGCCUGGAGCCAGACAAUGCCAUCAAGGAGCGCAUCGUGGACUUUGCCGACAAGUUUAUGAGGCCUUCCAAGUCGCUGGCCAUGAGUAGUAUGUACGCCAACUACCUGCCCAAGUACACAGCCCAGAAUGCGGCAACCCGCACCAUUUUGGAAUACCUGCGACUCAGCAGCUGUGCAGGUCUUCACGUGGCCAGCAAGGUGGACAAUCGUCUGCCACAGUCCGAUGAAGUGAUACUCAGUUCAGAUGACGAGGACAGCUGCCCGCUGUGGGAUAGCAUGGGAGCUGCCCCAGCACCGACUGUGAACAAUCAUCCGCCCAUUUUUCUUCAGAAUCUCUGCCAAAAAGCUCGCAAAAUGGAGCCGUGCAAGCGGGCCACGGCUCUGUUCAGCGGCAUCGACAACUCCAUCGAAAUCGUCGAGUUGCGCGACUCCGACGACGAAGUGGAGAUGUUCUCAGUUAACUUCAAUGUGCCAGCCAACGUGGAUGGGAAUACUUCGAAUUCCAACUCAAACGACGCCAAUCAGAUCACAACGAUACUCGUGGAGGACGAUUCCAUGGCCGUCACCCGCAUCUAUCCCAGUAAUCUGCGAACCUACGAGAGAGCGGUGACCCUGGCUCCGUCCCCCACCUACACAAUUCCGAGAAUUGUGAGCAGCUACAGCUGCCGCAGAGAUAGUCUUCACUUGGUGUCCACAACAGCUCCCCAUCUCGUCGAUCAGGGCGUGCAGACGGCGACGCACCAGGACGAGCAGGACAACGAGAGGAGUGAUGUUGAUCAGAUACACGCCCGGAACCGAAACUUCCACUUUAUGACAGGCCGAAGGACCAGUUUCAGCAGUGGCAGUGGAUCAAAUACUCCCUUGCAUCACAGCCGGCACUCCUCUAGUCAGAACAGCCACUGCAGCGAAACGUCGCUGACGAAGAAACAGGUCACCUUUAGUCCCCAGCACCUGGGGGCCACUGCGUCCAGCGCCAAGGCAGGUGCUCUCAAAAAACCAGCCAUCAAGCGUUACAAGACGACGACGCCAGCUGAUCGUUUGGAAGCUCUUCGUCAAACAACGCGCAGGGACCACUUCCAGGCCAGUGCGCAAAUGUUUGCCAAACUGGAGGCGAAGAAGAUCAAGCAUACUCGAGAGUACCCGCCAAGUCAGUUGACGCCAGCCACGACGAACUCAUCUAGUGGCACUCCUCCCCGUAAUGGUGUCUCUCCCCAAAAGCAGAAAGUGGUUCUUCCCACACCGCCAGCAUCAACGCACAGUUCAAACAGUCCCUGUCAGAUACAAAGAGCCUCCACCGACACGCUCAGCUCCAUUGAUCAGGAGAAGCUAUGUUCCCAUACCAAGGACUAUGACUUCAGCCGCCAAUUCCCAAAGGUUGCGAUCAAAAAUCAAGUGAAGUUCUACAACCAGCUGCUGAGUAUUCAGCGUGAGAAGAUCCGGCGGCACAGAUUGAAGACAAAGGCCAAUCGGGAGAUGGAGGCGAAGAUCGAUUACCGGAAGCUCAAAAGGCAGGCUGAGAAGCAGUGCCGGCAGCUGCGAAAAUUGAACUCGAAGCGGCGAAAGGAGCUGAGGCAGUUGGAGCACAAUCUGACCAUUAUCAGGAACUGUGCUAUUGAUAGCUAUCCUAUUGUAAGACUGAAACGAUGUAAUCUUAAGAGCUUCGAGUUGCCUGCGGAUUCAAAUCAGAAAACGCAGAAGCGACAGGAGAACAAGCAGGAAGAGACUCCAAAGAAGGAGAAUCAACUGAGGAACAAAGAAAGGCUUUUGUUGGAGAAGAAGAAAAAGCCUGAGAAAGCAAAAAAGAAAAAGGAGACAAAGGAUUUAAAAGAGAAAAUCCCAAAAAAGAAAAGGAAAAGUCUGGAAGUGUCGGAUGAGAAGAAAAAGUCCAAAUCGGAGAAAGCUAAAAAGAAAAAAAAGCACCUGAAGGAGAAAACAAAGAGCUUGGAAGAGCCUCUUCAAGUGGAUAAAAGGGAUCGGCUACGAACGGCAGAUAAAUCGAAAGAGAUUAAUGAAAAGCCAAAAACAGAAAAAGCAAAAAAGAAAAAGAAACCGUCGAAGGAAAAGCCAAAACGUUUGGAAAAGCACAUCCCAACCGAGGACGUAGAAGAACGGCGAGAAACUGCAGAAGAAUUCCAAGGGGAUCAUCGGUUGGAGGAGCAGAAAUCGAUUGAAACCCAAAAGCAACUGCCGCAGAAUCGCAAGCGACGAAAGCGGCGAAGGGCUCAUUCUGCUUGGUCGCAUGUGAAGAGCCGAAAAAAGAGACAUCCUCAAAGUGUCCUCAUGGACCAUCCAAUAGAGGAGUUACACGAAGAUUCCAUACCGGAAAUAGAGCCGGUAGCCGAAGAACCCGAACCAGUUGCAGAGAAAGUGCCAUCGCCCAUUUUCGAAGAGCAGGACCAGGACAUGAUUCCCGACGUGGGAAAUGAACUGGAGGUUCCACCCGCCAUUCUAGAGCCGGGAGAGGAGGAAGAGGAUGAAACCAGUAGACUUCUCAGACCCGCUAACGAUCUCGAUCAGGUUACCAGCCAUGUGCCCGUGUACUUGCUCAACGGCGAGAGCCGUGAUGUCAGCACUCCCCUGCCCAGCAGCCAGUUAAGUGCCAGCGAUGGAUCGAAUUAGAUUAGAUUAGGAGACGCCCAGUCACGCCACCCACCAAGCCCAGUUCUAGUUCCCACGCACUCUUGGCCAGCAAUAGUAUUUAUUUUGUGCUUUCUUUUAGCGAUCUGCCUGAUGCCUGACCCAGUGUUGAUGCACUGCACCUUAAUUUAGAUUUGUUGUAGCCAAAUUGUUGAAUAUUUUAUUAUUUUUUAUUUUUUAUUUUACGGCCUCUUAUGCAAUCAACCCUAAUUCUCAAUGAACUCAACGCGUACCAAAUCCCGACAUAAUCCCGUGUCAAUUUGAAUGAAAUUAUACAUAUAUCUGAUUAUAAAAAUAUAAAAUUAUUAGUGUAUUUUAAGUAAUUCAAAAAAUUAUAUAAGCAGCAACUGUUUAA